GACGUUUUUUGUUCAAAUUCUGUUAAGGAAUCGGAACAAAAUUGCAUAUUGUGAAAAAAAAUAGAAUUAAUUUUGCAAGCAAUUAUCAAAAAUGAUUAAUAACAAUUAAACCGACAGUCUACGAUAAUUCAGCUGAAAAACCUAGAUUCAGCAGAUCUAUUCAGGUUUCGAAUUGAUGUUGUUGCAGCAUUGAUGACGUCGUUUAAUAAAUUAUAUAGGUCGAAAAUCAAGUGAAAAGAUAUGAGUUUCAGGUCAUUCUAAUACAUUACUAUUGAUUGAAACUGAUUAUUAAAUUUCAACUGACCAACAUGAGUAUUCUACCGAGUGUUAUUUCAGUACUCACUUUUUUAGUUCAAAAUGAACGAAUGUCCAGUGUAGAGGCAAUUGUCGGCGGAUCAACCGCUGCAUGGAAUCAAUUUCCUUUUGCAGCCUCUUUUCAAAACAUAUCCAAAAAUAACGAACAUUUUUGUGGAGGAACCCUUAUACAUCCCAAUUUUAUUCUGACAGCUGCACAUUGUUUUGCUGGUAAGGAUAUCAAGAAUAUUCGCGUAGUUGUUGGAGUUGCAAAUUUGAAAUCUAAAAUCACAGAUAAAUAUAUACGGAAAAUAGCUAAAGUAUUUAUAAAUCCAUAUUAUAAUAAACCACUUCCUCGGAAUAACGAUAUUGCAAUCAUCAAACUCAAUAGCCCUUAUCAAUUGGAUAAAGACAUAAAAAAGGCUGUACUUGCAUCAGUACCCUACAGUGGAUACUAUAACUUAACUGCUCAUAUCGUUGGCUGGGGUGUUCAAAAAACCGAAUGUAGAAUACCGAGUAGUAGAUUAAGGAAAGCUAAAGUUAAACUUUUAGAACGUUCAAAAUGCGUUAGAUUGUACGAGAAUAUAGUUAAGGUGAACGACAAAGUAUUAUGCACUUUUCACAGUAACAAGAAAAAUACAGGCAUUUGCAAAGGAGAUUCCGGAGGUUCUGUUAUUAGACACAAAAACAUCCUCAUUGGAGUGAUCUCUGCUAAUUAUUUAAAAGCUAAAUGUGGAGAUCAGCAUUAUCCAGAUCUCCAUACUGAAGUAUCCAAAUUUAAAAUCUGGAUUCUUAGUACUAUUUAUGGGAUCAAACACAGGUUUAAUGGUUAAUGGUUAUCAAGACAAACUAUAAUUAUAAAAUUAUCAAAAAUAUUGUAAUGUAAGAAAGGAUUUCUAAUUUGUAAAGCUUUUAAAAAAUUGAUAUUUUACCCAGCAACAAAUAUUAAUAUAGUAAUAUUGUGUAUUUACAAUUUGAGUAAUAACUAAAUGAUUUAUAGAAUAUGCUAAUGAUUUGUGGUGUUCAAUAAGAUGAUCAAAUGAUAAAAUAUCGUUUUCUUGAAUUUAAAGAGCUAUUUUCAAAUACGAAUUAGAAAUAGGCGUAAGUCUCCUUCUAUCAAAAGUGGAUCCUGCAUAAUCUUUAUCGGGCAGAUUUUUUUAUUUUGUCUGUAAAUCGAGUCCUCACGUACAUAAUGUCGAAAAUAUUAUUGAUUCGAUGAUUGCGUAGCUCAGUAAAUUUAAUUCUUUGUAACUCACGGACUCAAUUGAAAACAUGUGAUUGGAGUCAACGUCCAGUAUUUUCGAUAAUAGUAUAAGUAUUACGUAUUAUGUAUGCUUACAAUUAUUUCUUUACUUAGAAAACUUUGUAAUAUACUAAUCAACAUGUCAUUAUAUUGAUCAAUUGUGAGUUACACCGUAUUCAUUGAAAAUGUAAACGAUUAGUUGAGAUAAGCUCAAUGACUAUGAAAUUAACAAUGAAGUAGAUAUCUUAUAGUUACAUUAUAAAUUGUUCCAUCUGCGUUGAAUUCACGGUAAGACGUUUCAAUAGGGCAGUGCCAUUGCAAAGGUAUACAUGUACAAGUUACUACGUCGAGAAUCAUCUGCGCGCGCGCGUCUGUGUGUGUGUGUGUGUAAUAUGAAAAGAUAUCAUAGUUUCAUUAUUUGGCUCAAUUUGAGGCUUCAACUUGACUCUUUUGCAUUUGUCAUUUGUCAUCGAUAAAGCAUUCAUGUAUGUCUACUCGAAAAGAAAAUAUGAAAGCCUCAUUAGACCGUAUUUUGUCCACACUUUUCGUACUCCAUAGAAAAAGCUUGUUGAUUGGAAACAGUGCUGUGGCUCGCAUUCGAUAUUCUGAAAAGAUCUUUGAAGUAGGAGUAAUAAUACACUAC